CGUACAUGCUUUCAUUGCUUCGUCCGAGUUGUUAUCCGAAAAGUUUGUAAUUCAUCAUAUUUACAGAAUGAAGAAAAUACUUCUGCGAGAAAAUGACGAUGACUUGUUUGACUGUCCAAUGAUAGAAAAUGACCACAUACUAUUCGACAAGAAUUCUAAGUAUGUGUACAAAAUGAUAGGUACACAGCCGACCGGCUUCUGGAUCCAGUUCGUGGCGACGUUCCGGGCACACAUGUACGCGCAAGGCUACGUGGCUUGGAUGGACGAACGCUUGGCGCUCGCGGAGCAGGCAUUCGUUACCAUGCUCGACGCCCUCACGGAGGAGGACUGCGAGCUCAGGAAUAAAAGAAUUAGUAAAAUUUUUACUGAUGUUAAAAUAUUGCAAUCCACGUACGGUGUAAAAGAUUGUCAGCAGUUUUCAUCCCUGAGAAGCCUGAGCGGCAAGCCGUGGGCGUCCUCGCUGUCGAGUCCUCAGGCACAGCAGGCGCUCGUCAGGCUGUACGGCACGAACGAGCACGUCGCCAAGACGUCGAGGGUGUUCCUGCUGUGGAGCCGGUUCGCGGGCGCGCUGGCCGUGUGCUUCAAGCGCUGGAAGCGGGCCGGGCCGGCGAGGGACGGGCGUGCCGCGCCGUGGACGCCGCCGGCCCACUGGCGCGACAAGGGCAAGCGGGCGCGCGCCCUCACCUUCGAGCUGCGCCUGAAGACGCGCUGGGCGUACGGCCUUGGCCGCCUGACGGGCGUGCCCGCAUCCUCCAUCGCCUGGCUGCCAAGCCUCGACGCCGAGGAACUGAAGGCCUUGCUGGGGCGGCUGCCCCUCUACAGCGGCACCCAGCUGGAGGCCUACAGGGCAGCGCCGCUCAGCCCCUGGGACGCCGACGCAGACAGCUACUUGCGCGCCCUGGCGCGGGGGUCACCAGGCACGCUGCCCUUGGUGCCGUACACUUGCCCCCCGCCCCCUCCCCCGCCCCGACACUCGCCCCGCGACGACCGGCGCUCCUAUCUCAACCGCGGCCAGAUGAUGUUGCUGCAGUACUUCAUCGAGGAGAUGAUGUUCCGAUCCUUCGUGAGAGAAGUCUAUCGUCGAGCUGGCUCGUCUUCCGACACUGAUGACGAAGUUGAUCAAGAGGAGGGCCUGCGCAGUUGUGCCAACUGCAGCGUGCCGGAGCCGCAGCCAGGCUACUACAAGAUCUGCAAGCUGUGCAAGGUCGAGCGUGUCAGCACGCCCAGGUUCUACUGCAGCCGCCAGUGCCAAGUAUACGACUGGAAAAGGUUCCACAAACGAGAGCACAAGAGGAAAUAAGAAGUCAAAUAGUCAUCAUGCAUGUCCAUAUUUCGAAGAAGCCAAAAUAGUGCAUGAAAUGGGAUAUGGGUUGUAUAGUGUUUUAAAUAUUGUGUUUUUUUUUACAAGUAUUAAACCCUUGACGUUUACUUUCUAGUGUAAGUUAGUUACAUGUGUUGCCAAAGAGAAACAGAUAUCAUGUUUAACCUGUAAUAUUUUAGAUUUUAGUUUCACUAAAGUGGAAAGAUUAUUUAUGAUUCAGCAACAUUAUGUGAUGUAGUGUCUUUGCCUGUAUUCAUAGAACGAGUGCAAAUGCUUCUCGGAGCAUUAGUUUCUCAAACUUGUGAGUAUUAAUUGUUUUCAUGCAGUGGCCACUCCUAAAAAGAGGUCCUGGUCAGCUCUAAGUGACUGCAGAUGAGUAGCAGCACUGUUUUUGGUUUCAUAUUUGCCAAAGGUUGUAGCACUGUGAACUUCCGUCUUGUUUGAGCUGUUCAGUUGUAUUCAUGUAAUGCAUGAAAUAGAGAGAGCUCACUAAUGUUUAUAUACUAUAUUUUCAGGGCUUUUUAUAUUCUGAUGUUUUAAGUUUGUAUAGUUAAAUCUUCUUAGUUGAGUUGUCAAUGUAGUUUUUGUAUGUUAAUGGCACUGGUGUAAUUGCUCUGAGUAUAUUCAGAAUAAUAUGUUUGUUUACGUAGCUAGCACUGUCUGCUUUCGUAAGAUUUUAAGGAUUAGGGAAGUGAAUUAACUUGCAAGUAAAAUCUUGUGGGAAAAAUCGUUUUAUAGUAUUGUUUAAAUUGUUUUAUAGUAUUCUUUUAUAACAUAAAACCUUUCACAUUUCUUAAAUCAGGUGGCCGAGCAUCAUCACUUCUUUAAUCUACAACUCAGGCAUUCUUUUUUCAUCUUACUUCAAUAAGUUCCAUUGAUAACAUAUAGCAAACCCCAUUUCAGA